GUGGGGUAUAGCCCAGAUGGAGGCGGCGUCGUAUUGCCAUCUAAACGGCAAACGGUAUUCCUAAUAAAUACGAAGGAAAUUGGGAGCAAAUUAUUUUCCGGAUUUUGAUUUUGAUGGAAAAAGGAAAAGCCCUCGUCUCCACAACGAUUGCUUUGGCUAAAUUGGAUUUGAAUCCCAAAUCAAACCCCAUGGUCCAAAACCCUCAAUCUCAAUCUUCCAGAACACAGUUUGGAAGGUCAAAAUCUCCUCCCACUUUACUCAAUUUGUGUCUUGGAGUUGUUGGUAGUCACUUGGAGGAUAUCGUCCCCCAUUUGGCUGACAUUGCACUUGACUUUCCACCAGAAAUCAAGAGGGUACUGGUGGCCAUUGCGAGAAGAAGAAAGUUACUCAAGGAUGAUGUUAUUAUUGCAUUAGCUGAUGAGAGCUGGGACGUUCUUGACCUCUCUGCAUCAGAUGUUUCAGAUUUGGGCUUAGCGAAAGUGGCUGAGAUAUGUGGAUCUCUUCGAGCUGUUGAUAUUAGCCGGUGUGAUAAUAUUACUGCUGUUGGGGUUUCUGAACUUGUGCACCGCUGUCUUUCAUUGGAGACAUUGAGAUGUGGAGGGAGCCGGAAUAGUGAUCGCACUGCACGCAGGUGCUUGGAUGUAUUAAAACCGAAGUUGAACAAUGUAGAGGGAGAUUCCUGGGAAGAACUGAAGACUGAAGAACUUGUUACUGUUGCAGAUACAUUGAGGUGGCUUGUGUGGCCGCAGAUUGAUAAAGAUUCCUUGGAAAGAUAUUCCACUGAAUGCCCACGGAUUAUAGUAAAUCCAAAGCCAUCCCCCUUUGGAUUCAGAGGAACCCAAGUUCCCUGGGAAGCAUUACCAGAUAUCCAAUUGGAUAAUUCUGUGGUCAAGGAUAUUGAUCCGAAGACAUGGGUGACAUGGGGUUUUUUACCAAGGGCAAUGCCUCCACCUCUUUCAAUCUCAGGUCACAAGGAAUUGUCUUUGGCUGAAAAGUUCAGACUUGCAUUUCAAGAAAGGGAUAGCCGGUUAGCUCUAAAGCGUGCUAAAAAUGCAAGGCAACAUCAGCGACGUGCAGCGAGGGAGAGGAUGAUGAUGGAUACAGGAAGGAAGGCAUUAGCACUAGCCUCGCAAGCGAGCAGAUCUUUCCACAGUUAAAACUCACAUAUUUUGUUUGUUUGAAUCACACAGAUGUGUACCAAUUAAUCAUUACCUUAAAAAAAAAACUUCAAUUGUACAGAAACUGUAGACUCUAUUAAGUGUGAGCGAGAAGUGUCAAUUUUGCUGCCAAAUGAUAAUAUUUUGAACAGAUUUGUGAGUGAAACUGUGAAUGCAAGGCGCCGGUCCUGCUA